CCCAGCAAGCAGCGCGCGGGCCUGGGAAGAGGAGCAAGAUGGCGGACUCUGAAGAAGGUGUUUCGAGGACCGGGGGACCCUCUACUGCCCCAAUUUCGUUUAGCUUCAGUCGUACGGCCCGAAGACGGCUGGCCGACCGGGGAGACGACCAGGGUGCGGCUUCGGAAGAGAAGGAUUUCCUGAAGACCGUGGAAGGAAGGAAGCUGCAGAGCGUGAAGCCCACAGAAGCCCCCAAGGAGCUCGUCAUCCCUUUGAUUCAGAAUGACCCUCGCAGGCAGCCACUCACCCAGGCCCCUGGCCUAUCCACAUACGUUGAGGACAUUGGGGAUGGGGUGCUGACCCAGGCUGUGAAGGAGCUCAUUGAGGAAUCCAAGAAGUCUCUGGAGGAAAGAGAGAAUGCGGGUGUCGACCCCACGCUCGCUAUCCCCAUGAUCCAGAAAGGAUGCACCCCCAACGAGGAAGGGGCAGGCAGCGAGCCCCGGGCUGAGACAGUGCCCGAGGAGGCCGAUUACGAGGCGGUCCCCGUGGAGGCCUAUGGGCUGGCCAUGUUGCGGGGCAUGGGCUGGAAACCUGGCCUGGGCCUCGGUCGCACCUUCAGCCAAGUGGUGAAGCCCCCUGUCGCCUCACUGAGACCUAAAGGGUUAGGGCUGGGCGCCAACCUGGCUGAGGUCCAGGCCCUGGCCCCCUCCGGCCCCCACCGCCCACCGAGGCCAGGUGAGCAAGAGAAGGAUAAGGAAGACCAGCCUCAAGGACUGGUAGCUGGAGGUGCUGUGGUGGUUCUUUCUGGCCCUUUUCGAGGCCUCUAUGGGAAGGUGGAAGGCCUGGAUCCUGACAAUGCCCGGGUCAUGGUUCGCUUGGCCACGGGGAGCCGCAUGGUGACUGUCAGUGAGUACUGUCUACGGCCUGUCUCCCAGCAAGAAUUUAGCAAGAACUCCAAGAACUCCUUGGAUCCCAGCCACGCGAGCAAAACUUCCUCAGGACCGCAGAACGGAACGGCCUCGCUGGGGAAGGGUUCAGAACUUCCCAGCCGGCAGAGAGCGGAAGAGAAGCGGAGGCACCUUCCAGACCGGUGGGGCCCUGGGCAUCUGGGAUGGCGGAGGAAGGUAGGGGUGUGGGGAGGCUCCGGCAGUCAGAGAAGGCUUCCAGGGCAAGGCAGACAAGAUGAGCCUCCAGCCAAGAGGGAGAAAGCAGCCUCGAGGAGGCAGCACUGGUUGCACAGGGACUUGCGCGUGCGUUUUGUGGACAAGCUGCACAAGCGCGGCCAGUAUUACAACACCAAGAUGAUCAUCGAAGAUGUCCUCAGCCCAGAUACUUGUGUGUGUCGGACAGAUGAAGGCCAGGUCCUGGAUGGGAUCAGGGAAGACAUGCUCGAGACUCUCAUCCCCAAGGUCCAGGGCAAACGGGUGAUGGUGGUGCUGGGGCCACAGGCUGGAAGGGUGGGCCGCCUGCUGAGCUGGGACAGAGAGCAGAGCCAGGCUGUGGUGCAGCUUCGGAGAGAGAAUCGGGUGUUGGAGCUUCACUACGAUGCUGUCUGCGAGUACAUAGGCCCCGAUGACUCCGAUGAAGACUGACCCAUGGACCCGAUCCACUCCCCAGGUGCCACUUACUGUUUUUUUGUGUUUUGUUUUUCAGUUCCCAGUUCUGUACAUUGUCAGAAGCCUGCCUUUGUCACUGCUUUGUCCUGCCUUGCAGUUCAGCCCUGGGACAGGGACAGGGCAUGAAAUGGAUGGACCAGAGGGAGGCUGGACACAAACCUAGUAUUUAUCAGCACUUCGUGUAAAAUAAAAAGCAUUUCAAAUACUUA